GUGAGAGAUCCUUCACGUCAGUGCUACAUUCUCGUUCUCUGUGAAUAUAAAACCCCCCACCUUGGAUUCUCCUUGCCAUUUUCCUGUUGGGUUGUAAUCUAGUUUGGAACCAUCCAAUGCCAUGGCCAUGCUCCGGGUUUCCUCUUACCGCAAGCUGUUUGAGGAGGAUGACUGGAGAAGUGGCGGGUUGAAUGUGCAGUGUGCAGGGCAGUACGGGUCCUCCAUCAGGGGUGCGGCCAUCAACGAGUGUGACUGUGACAAGUUAGACUUUGCAGCUACCAAGACCAUCAACCAGGAUGGUCUGAACCAGUUUGUCCAGGACCGCACCAUCAUCGCUGCCCUCAAUGACCGCUUGAUCAGGCUCAUUGAAGUGGCCCGUUGUUUUGAGGAGGAAAACGAGUCUCUUGAAUGUCAGAUUGUUGAACUAGAGGAGAAACUGAACAGUCGACGAGCCUCCUCUCGUGUCACCUCUUCUGUGGCUGAGCCUGACUGUAGUCUGGAUGCAGUUGUGGAAAGACUGCGGAGGGAGAAGAAUGAGAUUCUCUGUGACACAGAGGAACUGCAGAAAGAGCUUGAACGUCUCAUGAAAGAGUAUGAGAAGGCUGCACAGCAGAGGAUCACCCUCCAGGAGGAGCAACAAGAUGUCGCUGAGGAAGUGGAUGCUGUGACAGCAUGGUGUUUGGCGUUGAGGGAACAAGUGGCUAUCUAUGAGGAGCAGCUGGCCAACAUGGAGGCCCAGCACAAAACGGCACUGGAGAGUCUGCUGGAGCCAGCCGAAGGGACUACAGGAGCGGUGGCAGCUAUUAAAUUUGGCAGCCCUGACAUCACUCCGGCCUUGGAUGUAAAGGAGUACUACUGCCAGCUGGCUGAGAGCCUCCAGUACGAGUGUGGUGCAGCCUCUUCUGUGGUGGUUCGCAGCGCUGAUGAUAAACAACUGGAAGUGGGAGGAGCUCUAGGGUCAACAGUCAAAGACUUGCCGAAGAUAAAGGAUGUCAAUGAGAUGAAGAUGCUUAUUUCACAGCUACAAAAGGAGCUCGCUGAGCUCGAGAAGUGGAACAAGGAGCUGGAGGACGACGUUGAGAUGAAGAAGGCUGCACACAUGGACGAGAUCGCUGAGUUGGAGUGUACUAUAGAUGAAAUGCGACACCAGGAGGCCAACUUUAAAGAGCAGAUGAAGGAGCAGUGUGAAGACUACAAGGGGCUGCUCAGUGAGAAGAUGGCCAGAGACAUGGAAAUAGCUGCCUACAGGUGUUCAAGUUAUAAAGUCAACUGCUGAAGUUUCUGAUUGCAAUUAAAAUCUGCAGCCUCCCUGACAUGUCUCGUGGAUUCCCAUCUCUGCGGUAGUGGGGGGGGGUCAAAUGGAAACCGACAUCCCCUGUGGUGCUCGCUAAAGUGCCACACAUUAUUUAAACUUGUCAAGGAGAACGAACCGUUCAGGACAAAGCAACUAAUGAUCCAGGGAUGAUUUCAUUGGAUUUUAAAUUAACUUGAUGCACUGUUUACUUCUGACAUUAUCUACAUACUGUAUCAGAAAAUCACAAAGCACAUGAGAAAAGGCAUGUGGAUGUGUGCAGACGACGUGCCCGUUGUCACCAUUUUUCCUCAAAAUCAACAAGUUUCUGCGUAAGCAUCACUUUGAAUAAUAUAAGAAGUAUUUCCGCAACAUCACGUGAAGUCUAAUAUUGUCCGAGCGUCUCAUAGAGUGUCACCUGGACAUCCGCGUUUUCCAUAACAAGAUAUUCCUGCAAACAAAGGGCUGACAUCACAGGCCAACUGGGUGAGCAGGAAACAGCUACUGAAUAUGAUGCAGCUUCCUGCAUGUGACCUUGAAGAUGUUUCAUGUCAUUCCCUCCUUCCACUGAGGUUGUUUAACCAUCUGCCAUCCUGGUAUGUAGAGUGACGCACUUCAGCCCACCUCAUCCUGCUGCCACGGACUUCCUCCUGGUCCUUCCAUUGCUGAUCUGACUGCACCUGACUCCCAGGGGGCCCUGCUGCAGACCUGAGCUCAGGCAUUCACAAUACCUCAUUAGAAUGGGCAAAGAGGACCUCACACUGUCUGUGCUGCGUGCUGGGCCGCUGCCAGCUCUUCUUCACGCCAGCCUGUUAAUGUCAGCCCUCCCCAUACAGCCAUUUCCAAAUUUGCCACAGUUUUAAUCCCCUCUCGUUACCCAGCAGACUGUCCCAAAGACAUUUAAGGCACAGGAAAGGCACACAGCCGAUGCCAGCAUUUUUUUCCCCUCUUUUUUUUAUCUACUGAAUGUUUUGUCAUCCGUGAUUAAAACCAUGAAUAAGAAAUGAAAAUGGUGGUUGUUUAUUCUCUCCGUGUCGUGGCAAACUGUCUGCAUAACAGACCCCGAUGACCCCAGGCUGCCAUUACCAGGUGGCUUAUCGCCUGUGAAAGCAUCUCAGAGCAGUUUAGGCAGAGUAUCACUGCUUCUGCUCACUGCUAAUGUGAAGCAUAUUACACUGUAAUUCAUUCUGCUGUACACUAUGGUCUACUCACACGACACAACAAGAAGUAGCUCAGCUAAGGAUAACUAAGGACAAGAUCCUGGUGUACAUUUUGCUGUUGAUCUCUGUACUCCCCUCAGAUCUCCUCAGCUUUAUUCUGCUCAUUUUUCGAUUGUCUGUAGCUUUGUUGGUUUGUUUUGAUUCUUCUCACCGCUGUCAACACUACCGUUUCCAGAUGCAGCGUACAGCUGUUUUUAGUGAUAUAGCUUUACAAAACCCAUUUUACACCACCUGGCCAGCACUAAACACAGAUAUUUCCUUGAGGAGUUCCUCAUGUUAUGGAAGAGGUGCAGAUAAAAUAGAGGGACAUUCAUGAGAAGUCACUGUUGUAUUAACCGAAAAACAAACAAACAAAAAAACACCAAAUCCAAAAUGUACUAAUAUGUCAUGAUGAACAUAUGUAUGAUAAUGUGAACUAACUAAUGUUUUGGAUGAACAGCAGUGUUCAUUCUUGAGCCUGGAAACUUGAGAAAACAGUGUCACCCCAAGCAAAACUAGAAUGAAAAUAACAAUUAGUUG